AUGUCUAUCGACCCAGCUUUCAUGCCUUGGGCCGAAGGGAAGGGCGUCAAAUUAAAGAAUAUUGAACCUCGAAUUUUUCCAGGGCGAGGUAUUGGUAUUGCUGCAGUUCGUGAUAUCAGAGCAAACGAAACUAUACUGUUUGUGCCAACAAGAUCUCUUCGCACCAUCGAUACAGUUCCAAAGCACAUCAAAGAGGCUCUUCAUGGCGUCUCAGUUCAUGGGAUCUUGGCUGCUGAAAUUGCGCUUGACGACAGUGACGACUUUGCCAUCUGGAGAACAGUCCUUCCAACUAGAGAAGAUCUAGAGGGUGGAAUGCCCAUGAUGUGGCCGAGUGAACUUCAGGCCCUUCUCCCCAAGCGAGCCAAAGACAUCUUGGACAAUCAAAACACCACGUUCCGACGGGAGUGCGACAUUGUCCUGAAAGCCUUUCCGAAACUGACAAGAGACACUUAUCUCUAUAAUUGGCUUUUGGUAAAUACAAGAACUUUUUACAAUAGCAUGCCGAAGAUGAAGAGCUACGCUCAUUCUGAUCGACUAGUCUGUAUGCCUACUGCAGAUUUGUUCAACCAUGUAGACCAAGGGUGCAAACUCGUCUACUCUGCUCUCGGAUACAGCGUUCAAGCAGACCGAGCCUACAAGCAAGGCGAGGAAGUCUACGUCUCCUAUGGCCCUCACUCGAAUGACUUUCUCUUGACAGAAUAUGGCUUCAUUCUGGACACAAAUCGCUGGGAUGAGGUGUACCUGGAUGAAGUGGUACUGCCACUCCUCAACAAAACACAACGCGCUGAGCUAGAAAGCUCUGGAUUUCUUGGUAGAUACACACUUGAUUAUCAGACCCCUGGUUGUCACCGGACCCAGGUGGCCCUUCGCAUGUUAUGCUGUACUCCAGGGCAAUGGCAACGAUUCUUUGACGCUUGUGAGGAUGGACGGUCCUCACAAGCAGAAGUAGACAGUAUUCUUUUAUCCGCCUUGAAAGACUUUUUACGGGUCAUUGAGAAAACUCGAAGCGAUAUUGAUGAGAUAGAGGGUGGUACGAGCAGUCAGAGGGAGCUAUUGAGACGGCGGUGGCAGCAAAUCGAGGCAAUGGUUACAAAGACAAUUGGAAACGCUAGCUAG